CAUUCAAAAGUGCCAUUCUGGUCUAACUGAAAUAAAUGAUUUUGACUUUGACUUCAUUAUUAGUUAGGACUAGGAGAUUACCAGUUCUCCAGAGGAUUUUUUGUGUUGAUAGCGGGGGACCGGUGAAGCAAAUGAUGCGGUCGCAUGUUAGUGCAGGCGCGGUGUGUGGACGCAGCGGUCAGUGAGACCCAGUGAAACGGUUCGUCGCUGGCCGCCCGCGGGUCAGUAGAGUUCCCGAACCCAGGGAUCACAUUAUCUCCGCCCUGGGAGGCUGAACUGCCAACCCGUGAAAAAUCCCUAUUGUAGUCGUCGUGCCGGAGAAGGAGACCGGAGUGGACCCGGCUUCUGCAGUGGGGGGGGACUGGGGGCCCUCUCGUACGCUGCGUCGAUAAACUGCACCCCUGUGCUGGCCUGUGGCAGGUCGGCAUUACAAUUUUGUCUCCUAGACUAUCAACACAAUAAAUCCUCAUCAAACCUAUUCAAACCCCUCCAUAAAAAAUAAAAUGAAGAAGACGAAAACCAAAAAAACACGAUUUACAGCGGCACCUCUAUCCACCCAAGUGGACUAUUGCAACAUUAGGGGACUUCAUGGAAAUCUUAACGCAGUCCACCAACACCUUGAGACUGCGAAGCCGACCCUACUCUUUCUCACGGAGACGCAGAUAUCCUGCCCGGCCGAUAUAUCGUACCUCAAUUAUCCUGGCUACAAACUCGAACAUAAUUUUCUGAGACGUGCCGGUGUAUGUCUGUACGUUCGGGAGGAUGUCUGUUGUCGGCGUCUUCGCCAUGUUGAAGACAGGGACCUGUCGAUAUUGUGGGUGCGCGUAGACUAUGGCGGCCACACCCGUAUAUACGCGUGCCUAUACAGGUCUUAUAGCGGUGACAGGGAAACAACACGACUUUUCGAGCACUUGCAAUUGACGACUGAUAGAAUUAUUGAGCAAUACCCUUUUGCGGAGUUAGUGAUCUUAGGAGACUUCAACGCCCACCACACCGAAUGGCUUAGUUCUCGGUCCACUGACUGCGCUGGGAGGUGUGCUCACGAAUUCGCUCUGGCCUAUGGUUUUUCACAGCUGGUACAUUCUCCAACAAGAAUACCGGACAUUGAGAACCAUACGAGUUCCAUAUUGGACCUUCUGCUGACCCAACGUCCGGAUGGAUAUUCCAUAUCAGUGGAUGCACCACUCGGAUCUUCUGACCACUGUCUUAUCCGGACUCUAGCACCAUGCGCACGACAGAAUCCACCUCGACCAACUAACUUGCGGCGCAUGUGGCAGUAUAAGUCAGCAGACUGGGAUGGAUUGCGGGAGUAUUACGCAUCGUACCCGUGGAGACAGCUUUGUUUCGCAUCAGAGGAUUCCGACACCUGCGCAGCUGCUGUCUCUGAGGCUAUACUGGCGGGUAUGGAAAACUUUAUUCCAAACUCGCUGAUCAACCAUAAUUGUUGA